UUCAACAUGUUAACAAGGGAACAUUAUUCAGCAGCUCAGCUCAGGACAGACAGACACAGAAGCACAAAGAAGGAAAAAGUCUAAUAACAGAACAGAUAGAUAAUGAUUCCUAAUACCCUCGCUAGUAUGCCACGCUCCGAGGUUUGCGUCGCCAUGCCGCUGUGCGUGCCGCUGCCCGUGGAGGUACUGUGCCCAGAGCAGGCGUUCCCCUUUCUGGACCUGACCCUAACGGACCUGGGCGUGGAUCCGGGCAGCGUGAGGGAGAGGGUGGUUUGGGUCGACAGCAAGAGGACCUGGAGCCGCAGCGCCUCGGGGAAGGUCCGGGAGAGGGAGGCGCUGGUUCUGGAGGUGCGGGUCACAGCGCAGCGGCCCGGGCCGGGAGGCCAGACCCAGGAGAUCCUGUACGGAACGGAGACCCACAGCCAACGGCGCUACUUCAAGACUGUGAUGGAGGUGCAGCCAUGGAUCAAGAGCGAAGGAGAGGAGGAGAAGAAGCCAGACGGAGUUCCAGUUUUCUCAGAGCCUGCAGUGGGGGUGGUUUUUGCUCUCGAUACAGAGACUCGACCAAAGUGGCAGAAAACUGAAGAGAAACUCGAAGUUUAACAAGAAGAUCUGGAAACAAAUCUGUCUGGUGCAGCCUCCUCACCCCGCCCCUAUAGGACUGCUUUCUCACCUUGUGCUUCGACAAUAUUGUAUGCA